CACACACAUUCACUCAUGUUUGUUGGUCAGUUCAGUCCGGUUGUUCAUGAGUUAACAUUAACUGAUAACUCUCAUACAAACAGCAAGUAUAUGACAAAAAUUGUAAAACAAAAUCUUCAACUCAUUGCAAACAUUGGAUUUUAGUAAAGCAUACACCAUAAACAGUGCAGAUCAUUUUUGUGGAUCAUCAGAUUCCAAAGGUUGGGACUGACAGCUGAAUUCAGGGGCGUCUAUGGCUCAAUAUGAUCAAUUAGAGGAUAAAGACUCACUGGAUAUUCAUGAUAACCCACCAGCACCAGACAAUGUGGUCAAAGAAGAUGACAACACUGUGUAUUUUGUGUAUGAUGAAGAGGUGGAGGAAGAAGAGGCUCCUCCUCCUCCAACCCCUGAGCCUGUAGUCAUCAUCAAUGACAGGCCACACAAAUUUAAGGACCACUACUGCAAGAAACCCAAAUUUUGUGAUGUUUGUGCACGAAUGAUUGUUCUCAAUAAUAAAUUUGCCUUGCGCUGCAAAAACUGCAAGACAAACAUUCACCACUCGUGUCAGUCGUAUGUCCAGUUCCAGAGAUGCUUCGGAAAAAUACCUCCUGGGUUUAGACGGGCGUAUAGCUCUCCUCUCUAUGAUCAAGAGAUCAAUAACCCAGGUCAGCAGAACCGAACGGACCCGGUUUUCGACACACUGAGAGUGGGCGUCAUCAUGGCCAAUAAAGAGAGGAAGAAAGGAUCAGAAGACAAGAAGAAUAUGAUGAUGAUGAUGAUGGAAGAGGAGGAAGCCCAACAGCCAAAAGAGGAUGCAGAGGUGGUUGAAGGAAAGCAAGAUGGAGAUAAGAAAGAUAAGACAGCUGCAGAUGAUAAGAAUAAGAAGCAGCAGCAGACGUUUAGUCAGUCUCAUUAUUAUCUGGCUUUAUAUCGAUUUAAAGCCAUUGAGAAAGAUGACCUGGACUUCCAUCCAGGUGAUCGUAUUACAGUUCUGGAUGAUUCGAAUGAGGAGUGGUGGAGGGGUAAGAUUGGUGAGAAGACGGGUUACUUACCCAUGACGUACAUCAUCAGAGUUCGUGUAGGAGAGCGCACCUAUAAAGUGACACGCUCUUUUGUGGGAAACAGAGAGAUGGGCCAGAUCACACUGAAGAAAGAUCAGAUUGUGGUGAAGAAAGGAGAAGAAGUGAAUGGAUAUCUGAAGGUCAGCACCGGCCGUAAACUGGGCUUCUUCCCAGCUGAUCUGUUAGAGGAGAUCUGAGUGAACCAUUGAGAAUGAAAGAGUUCACAGAGAACAAAAGAAAAAAUACCUGCGUCCCAGUUCACAUAAUGUACUUUCCGUCCUGACUAGUAUUCAAAUACCAAAUUAUGUUAAAAUGUGGAUCAUUAAAAUAUUGCAGUGUCAAAUUGCAAUUAAUAAAGUAUGAAUAUUAUACAUAAGAAACAACAUUUGCAUAACAAAACAUAGACAUUUUAGUGCAUUGUUGUUGAAUUGGGAUGUAGUGAAUGACAUCUAUGCUAUAUAUGACUCACUUUUACCAAAAUGAUGCCCUAUGCAAAAUCAUAUAAAUAUAUUUUAGGACCUGAUCUGUGAUCUGCACACUGUGUUGAAAUGUUUCAGAUCUUAAAGCAACUCUAUGUAGUUUUUUUACCUUUAAAUAAUGUCUCUAAAAUUAUUUCAGUGAUAGAACAACUUUUAACUGGACAAAUUGUACUGUUGCUGCCACCUGAGCAGCCUCCUAGCUGCUACAAGCACACUCUGAAAGUGGCGGUGGAGGGUAGGAAACACAGCCCCGCCCCUCCCCCUGCCUGCAGAAGAGUGUCUGAUACCAGGCACUGUUGCGCUUUUAACCACAUGGGGGAGCUGUAAGUCAUUUUUACAUGGAAACUACAUAGUGUUGCUUUAAAGCUUUGCUCCAUCUAUCAGCUCAUCAUAAGAAACUUCAACAUCUGUUUGCAUGUGUAAGAGAAUGAAAUCCUAGCUUCAUUUCUUACUACAAUUGAUCAAAACCUAUAGUCAUGAUCAGUUUAUUUGAUAACGAUUAUCUGUAAUGGAUUAAAUGUGUGCAAUGUGUGCUUUACAAAUAUCCCAGUAUUAUAUUUUGCAUGUGUUUGAUUUGAAAAGCUGUGCACUUGUUCUGCUUCUUAUCUGCUGCCAAUAAUUGAACGUCACAGCACAUUUGGAAUUACAAUGUUUUUAAAAAUGUUCACGUUAAAUAAAACUAUUUGUC